AUGGAUCGCGAGGCCCUUUGCCCAGAGGAAACAAAAGCAAAUCAAUGCAUUAUUCUACACAAUGCUGUCACAGGGCCCUCAGGAGACCUUAUUCAGUUUCCCGUGAUCAUAGAAGACAUCAAUGACAAUGCACCUCAUUUUGAAAACAGUGAAAUACACCUGAGGGUAUCUGAGGAUGUGAGUGUGGGCACUAGUUUCUUACUGGAUGAUCAGGCUCAGGACAGGGAUGUUGGUCCUAACGGAGAGCUGCAAUACCACUUAGAAGAUUCUGAUGGAGUUUUCAGUUUAAAAGAAGAUGGGCCUUUCAUCAUGCUGGUUGUGCAGACAGCUCUGGAUAGGGAAGAUCAGGACCAGUAUCAAAUGGCACUGGUGGCCACCGACUGUGGUGCAGACCCUUUAAGUGCCACAGCAACUUUAAUAGUCAGUGUGACAGAUGUUAAUGACAACUGUCCAAGCUUUAGCUCUGACAGCCCCCGUCGUGUCGCCAUCCCAGGAGACUCCCUGAGGAACAUGCUGGUUGCUCAGGUCAGAGCCACAGACCCAGAUUCAGACCUGAAUGCUGCCAUCAUUUACUCCCUUAGUCCCAAAGUCUCUGAGCGGGCCAAGAGGCUCUUUAGCCUUGACAGCCUCACUGGGUACAUCAGACUAACACAGGACCUCCAGACUGACAAACCUGAGGAGCUGGAGUUGAAAGUGUUAGCUAGUGGCCAUCACUGCCCCCCAAUAGACACUCGGGUAACAAUUUCUGUGCUCCCCAAGGCAAACCAAGAGCUGGCAAUCAAGAUCAGGUUCAUAGCUGAACAUCAAAACCACACUAUGGUGUUACUGGAGAAUCAGACCCCCACCGCCUUAGCUGUUUUAGAGCUUGAAGGUGACAGCAGCUUUAAAGGUUCGUCUCUUGCCAUUGAGGGUGAAGUGCCUUUCACUUUGAGCCCACAGAAUGGCAAAUAUCUGCUUUCCACAUCUAAGCCACUAGACUAUGAGAUGAAAAGAGAACAUCAUAUAUCUGUGGUAGUGCAGGAGAGAUCAGCUGAAGGGUCUUUGAUAAUUCCUUCUAGGAGUGUGAUCAGAGUGUUGGUGGCAGAUGUCAACGAUAAUGCCCCACAUUUCCUCAAGUCUCACUACCAGCUGGAGGUGAAGGAAAACAACCAGCCUGGAAUUGCACUGCUGCAGGUCUCAGCUUCAGAUGCAGACAGUGGACACAAUGGCAGGGUGACCUACAGGCUGGACAAACACAUAUCUAACAUCUUUAAUAUUGACCCAGUGACAGGUCAACUGUCUGUGUCUGCCUGUCUGGAUAGGGAACAGCAGGGUGAACACAAACUGACUGUGUUUGCACAAGAUAGGGGCUCUCCUCCUUUGGAGUCUGUGGCCACAGUAUCCAUUCAUGUUCUGGACCAGAAUGACAAUGCACCUGUUUUUCUAAGACCUCACUUCAUCUUUUUCAUCCCUGAGAAUGUACCACCAUUCACCCAGGUGGGGAGAGUAGGGGUGACAGACCCAGACGAAGGGGAGAAUGGGAACAUAGAGAUUAAUGUUGCAAGCAGCAGUGGAUUUUUUGUUGCAGAUAGCAUCCAGGGGACACUUUGCACCACCACCCACUUGGACCGUGAGACAGAGGGCCGCUAUGAGCUCUACCUGCUGGCCAGUGAUCACGGGCACCCAGUCGCUUUGACUUCCACUGCUAGAGUAACUAUCUUUGUGGAGGACAUCAAUGACAACCAGCCAAAAGUGAUUCUUCCCAGCAGCAAUUUCACAUGUGUGACUGUCUCUCCAGCAACAGUGGCAGGCACCAUGGUAGCAAAAAUAUACGCCAUCGACAAGGACUCAGGCACAAAUUCUGAAAUUACAUACAGUAUUGUGGCAUCAGAGCCAGUGCAAAAUAGCAGCCCCUUUCAGGUGGAUUCAAGGUCGGGUGACAUCACCUUAGGUCAGCAUCUUCUACAGACGGACCUGGGCAUGCAUCACCUGUUCAUUAUGGUCAGAGAUGAGGGAAAACCAACUCCACUUUAUAGCACUGUCUGGGUUAAUCUGUUGGUUACCGAGAGCAUGGAGCCCUGCCACUUAGACAGGGCACCCAAAUGGGCAGGGGCAUCUGAUUUGGUUCAAACUCCCUCAAAGGCUCCCAUCUGUGAGAUAGAAAACCCCAGAUCUGCUCAACUGACACUGUUGGUAGGCCUAGCUAUGAUAAUAGCAUCCACAUUUUUGUUUGUAGUGACAGUUGUUUUGUACCUGAAACAGAGAAGAAGAAGCAUCCAGCACAACAAGAGGGGAUAUAUUGAGGAGAAUGAGGUUCCACUCCAGCUCAAAAGCAAAUAUUACUCUGAUAACUAA